AUGGCUUGGGUUACAACAUGCUGGCAUUGGCCAACAUGGACCCUCGCCUUCCACCUCGAGAUCGCCGUGGUGGUCGCUGUGGCGUUGAUCAUCGUCGCCGUCACCUCCCGCAGCGCCUGCGAAGGAGCUGAAGACGUCGCGGCCGGCACUACGGUGCGCACCGCGGUGCACGCCACGGACGUCGAGAGCGCCCUCGGCGACGUCACGCUCAUGACGUACGAGCAGGUGACCACCGGGAAGGCGAAGGAGGAGGAGCGCUGCGCCAUGUGCCUGUCGGAGUACGGCGAGGACGGCGAGCUGGUGCGGGUGGUGCCGGCCUGCGGGCACUUCUUCCACGCGAGGUGCGACGUCGACAGGUGGCUCCGGAAGAGCCGGACGUGCCCGCUCUGCCGCGGCGGGCUCUGGCCGCAGCCGCUGCCGGGGUUGCCACAGCCGGAAUGCCCGCCGAUGCCACCGCGGCAGGCCAUCCCACUGGUGUAGUCCGCGUCUCUGUUUCAAUUUCCAAUUGGUAGGAUUUGGCGAUUUGCAGAGUAGUACAUACAGACACCGCUCAGAGUUGCACUUGUCAGUCAGCUCAAUUUACAGGUGAAAAUCCACGAGAAAGUUGCAA